AAUUCUUAAUGCGCCAAACGUGUGCAACCUGCAAAACGCAGUCGUUUCAUGCGACACGAUUUGCUUCUGUAUCGGUGGUCUUCUUCCUCCGUCGUGAUCUUGUUAGGGUUCGCAGAAUCGAAGUUUCCCUACAUUUCUUCACUUCGCAUCCACGUCGAGAUUCCUUCGCAGUUUUGUCCGCACAACCCGAGAAAUCAACGGUUACACGUGCACUGUACGAUAUUCUGUUACGUGUCUGUAAGUAAUCAGCAGGAAAUUGUUUAACCUUCUGAGAAGAUCGUAAACCCCUGUGUAUAGCGCUGAAGCACUUGAAAGAUGCAGAAAUUGGGAGAUUUCAAACUGCCACAUUUCUUCAAUUACCCACCCUAUUUCACUUUGCAGCCAGUAAGAGACACAAGAGAGAAGCAGAUACAACUAUGGAAAGAGCUUAUUUUGGAUUAUUGUAAAACACAGAAGACAUUUGUAAUUGCCCUUGAAGAAGAAUUUCCUCUAUUUGCAAACCAUGUAAUUGAAAGGUCUCUUACUCAUGAAGCCAGAGAAGCUUUCCUUUCGGCUUUAGUUUCUGAAGGCCGUGCGGAAUGGAUGGAUAAAGGACACAGGAAAUGUCUUAUUCUCUGGCAUCGGAUUCAAGAUUGGGCUGACAUUUUAAUUCAAUUUGCAAAAGACAAUGGGCUGGAAGAUGGUGUUGUAACGAUUGAAGAAAUACGAUCAGGGACCGAGUCUCAGGGAACAGAGCUUCAUGGAAUAGAUCGAACUAUUUUGAAUCGUGCACUGAAACUAUUGGAGCAGAAAGGAAAGCUUGUGGUCUUUAAAGGAACUUCAGCUGACGAUGAAGGAAUUAAAUUUUCUAUAUAAUUUUGUGUAUUACUCCAUUGAAUUUCGGUGGAUCUUACAUUUGUAAUCAACAAUAGAAUUCUUUGCUGUCUACUUGAUGAGUUUGUUGAUGUUCAAGAGCAAGCUGUAGUUAAUUGCUAUCAAUUUGAAUCUUGGAAGCUUCCUUGUCUUAA